UCGCAACAACGAGGCCGGUUAGAGGGAAACCGUUUCGUACCUCCGCAACUAAGAAAUACGUACAAACUUGUACUCGUUCACAGCAAUUGAAACAGCAACAUGUGGAUUAGAUCUGAUGAAAUACUGUUGUGCGGGAAUGGUGCAAGAGUCAGCCGUCGAGUCUCUCACAAUUUUCAUGUGCACUGACUUUCUUCGGGGGGAACACAUACAUCCUAACAAUGACCAUGAAGUACACGCAGUUCACACUCGAACGAAUUGAAGAAACAAUGGGGCCUAUUCCAGAGCCGAGCUGUGAAGAGAUGGACAUGGUUUUUCAUUUGUGUCGUUCAGAUCAAUGGCGUUCUGUUUUGAAGAUGGUGGAGGUGAACCCGUGGCUUGCCGUGACUCCCAUGAUAAUGGACAACCAUAUUGCCACGACGAUUGUGCACCAAGCCAUCACGAGUAAGGGGGACACGGAGGAUCGGGCAAUUCUCAUCCAAAAGAUAUUGGACAAGACACCGCAGGCAGCAGCGAUCAAGAACGGAUACGGCUCGCUCCCGCUUCACGUGAUUGCCCAGCGCAACACCAAGAUUGAUGCUCAGACCAAAGAGAAGCUGAUCACUCAGCUUGUCAAAUCUUAUACGGGUGCUUUGGUUGAAGUAGGGGGCGUGGGAAGGCGAACUCCUCUUCACAUUAUUUUUACGGACUACAUCUCUCCGAAAGUAACGAAGAUGAUGAUAGAUCACGGCCAUCAGGCUUGCUACAUGCAAGACAAGAAGGGGUACUUACCGGCUCACGUUGCUUGCAGUCGGCACUGUUCUCCUGAGAAGCUCCGCAUGUUGUUGUCUGUAUAUCGAGGGUCCUUGUAUGAGAAGGCGAAUGAGGGAGAAACGCUAUUGUCUUUGGCGACGUCUACGGCGACAAAGAGCCACCCGAACUACGCUUUGAUUGAAGAGCUACGAUUACAGCUCUCGGUCGGUAAGGGACCGUCCCACCUGGUCUCUAAUACUCCCAACAUGCGAUUCAGUUCGGUGUCCGAGUCUUCGGUCAGCUCACGUGAACGUGUCGGUUCGAACGACUCGACAGACUCUUGGAAAGUACAAGUUCCUAUUGAAAGUGAGCAUACACCGUACCUUCCCGCUGCCAAUUUUUCUCGCAAGCGCAAGCACUGGACGCCAGAGAAUCCAGCGGCUUUGUUACUACAUUUUUCCCAGAAGAAUGCUCAACGCGUUAGCUUGGAUGAAGAAGACAGUCCAAUACAUGUUGCCAAGGUCUAGAACUCUGCUUCGCUUACAUCCUCUCUAGUUAUCCAAACGAAUUAAAAUAGAUUGCUGUUUCGCAUUUUC